ACUAACAGAUCCCGUUACUUGGAAGUAUCCAACGUUCCGUUACCCGCCGCCAUGAAGCCACCCACUAACCACACUACUAAACAUCAAAAAAGCCUCCAACUUCACAGUACUCGUGAAUUGUGAUCAAAAUACAACUUCAAUCCCACGUCACAGUCUCUCUCUCUCUCUCUCUCUCUCUCACUAUAAAUAUCAUCCCACAAACCACACUUACAACAACACAACUCCCAACCCACCAUUCUUCUUCUUCUUCAUCACUAUUCUCCCAGCUGCUUCAUGGGUGACAACAAUGUCCACCUCCCACCUGGUUUCCGGUUUUAUCCGACCGAUGAAGAACUUGUCGUCCAUUUUCUUCAUCGAAAAGCUGCCCUUUUACCUUGCCAUCCUGAUGUCAUCCCUGAUCUUGAUCUCUAUCCUUAUGAUCCUUGGGAAUUAGAUGGUAAAGCUCUGGCGGAGGGGAACAAGUGGUACUUCUUUAGCCGGAGGACGCAGAACCGGAUUACAGAUAACGGGUACUGGAAGGCUUUGGGUGGUGAUGAACCAGUUAUUACUGGUUCUAGUAAAAUAGUUGGUGUGAAGAAAUAUUAUGUGUUCUACUUGGGAGAACCUCCUGUUGGGGUCAAAACUAAUUGGAUAAUGCAGGAGUAUAGGCUUUCAGAUUCUGGUUCUAGUAGUAGGGCAUCGAAGAAAAGAGGACAUCCAAAAAUAGAUUAUAGUAAAUGGGUAGUUUGUCUAGUGUACGAGCGAGACGACGAUGAUGACAAUAACGACGGAAGUGAACUCUCAUGUUUGGACGAAGUUUUCUUAUCAUUGGAUGAUCUUGAUGAAAUUAGUUUCCCCGAUUAAAAUGAAAUCAAGUGACAUAUACAUAUAUAUAUGUGUGUGUGUGUGUGCGCGCUCGCGCGCGCGCGUGUAAGAUCAAAGUGGGCUGCAGUCACAAAGUUCUAAGAUUCAUGGGUAGGGUUGCACCUAUUCUUCUUCUUCUUCUUGUUGUUACCAAAAUGUUGGUAGCAAAGUUGUAUUAAAACUUUUAAAUGGGCAUGCAUUUUAUGUUUUUCGGAUCUUGAA